AUGGAGCUGUCAAUUCAAGAACAAACAAGCCAACAUAAUACAGCCAUAAGAGAUUGCCUACUUCACACUUCUGGAAUAGGUGUAUUGAAGUCUAUUUCCUUGCGCUGUUUAUCUUGUAACAUCACAUGCGUUUUUAAUCUCAAUGUAGAUCCUGAAGGAAAAUACGAGGCACUGGAUAAAUAUGGGAGUGACUUGACUGAACUUGCUAGGCGUGGUAAACUUGAUCCUGUUAUAGGUCGGGAUGAUGAAAUCCGGCGCUGUAUCCAGAUAUUAUCAAGGAGAACUAAAAAUAAUCCUGUUAUCAUUGGUGAGCCUGGUGUUGGGAAAACUGCAAUUGCUGAAGGAUUAGCUCAAAGAAUUGUGCGAGGGGAUGUUCCCGAACCUCUAUUGAAUCGGAAGUUGAUCUCUCUGGAUAUGGGUUCAUUAGUUGCUGGUGCUAAAUUCCGUGGAGAUUUUGAGGAAAGGCUGAAGGCUGUCUUGAAGGAAGUCACUGCUUCAAAUGGGCAGAUUAUUUUGUUUAUUGAUGAGAUCCACACCGUUGUUGGCGCUGGGGCCACGGGUGGUGCAAUGGAUGCUGGAAAUUUGUUGAAACCAAUGCUUGGACGAGGUGAGCUCCGCUGUAUUGGAGCAACCACGUUAAAUGAAUAUAGGAAAUACAUCGAGAAGGAUCCUGCUCUUGAGCGUAGAUUCCAGCAGGUGUUCUGUGGUCAGCCAUCUGUUGAAGACACAAUUUCCAUUCUUCGUGGGUUGCGUGAACGCUAUGAGCUGCAUCAUGGUGUUAAAAUAUCAGACAGUGCCCUUGUUUCAGCUGCAGUUCUUGCGGACCGAUACAUUACAGAGCGCUUUUUGCCUGACAAAGCCAUUGAUCUUGUUGAUGAAGCAGCAGCAAAGCUGAAAAUGGAGAUCACAUCUAAGCCCACUGAGUUGGAUGAGAUUGAUAGAACAGUGCUGAAGUUAGAAAUGGAAAAACUGUCACUUAAAAAUGACACUGAUAAAGCGUCUAAAGAACGACUGAGCAAGCUGGAAAAUGAUCUAGAUUCACUCAAACAGAAACAGAAAGAAUUCACGGAACAAUGGGAUCAUGAGAAGGCUCUCAUGACACGAAUUCGAUCAGUUAAAGAGGAGAUUGAUAGAGUCAACCUAGAGAUGGAAGCUGCUGAGCGUGAGUAUGAUUUGAAUCGUGCUGCUGAGCUCAAGUAUGGGACAUUGAUAUCUCUUCAACGGCAGCUGGAGGAAGCUGAGAAAAACCUCUCUAAUUUUCAGAAGUCUGGCAAGUCACUGCUCCGAGAGGAGGUUACUGACCUUGAUAUUGCUGAAAUUGUAAGCAAGUGGACUGGUAUACCACUGUCAAACUUGCAACAGUCCGAGAAAGACAAAUUAGUUUUGCUAGAGCAAGUUCUCCACAAGAGGGUUAUUGGUCAAGAUAUUGCUGUAAAAUCAGUUGCAGAUGCAAUCCGCCGUUCAAGGGCAGGGCUGUCAGACCCAAACCGACCGAUAGCAAGCUUCAUGUUCAUGGGCCCCACUGGUGUUGGUAAGACGGAGCUUGCGAAAGCUCUUGCAGGUUAUUUAUUCAACACAGAGAAUGCAAUUGUUAGGAUCGACAUGAGUGAGUAUAUGGAAAAGCAUGCAGUUUCACGCCUGGUUGGUGCUCCACCUGGUUAUGUUGGUUAUGAAGAAGGUGGGCAGCUGACUGAAGUGGUUCGCCGAAGACCAUAUUCUGUAGUCUUGUUUGAUGAGAUUGAAAAGGCACAUCAUGAUGUGUUCAACAUUCUAUUACAGCUGUUGGAUGAUGGAAGGAUUACUGAUUCACAAGGACGAACAAUUAGUUUUACAAAUUGUGUUGUUAUAAUGACAUCAAACAUUGGGUCCCACUAUAUCCUUGAAACUCUUCGCAACACGCAGGAUACCAAGGAUGCAGUGUAUGAUAUGAUGAAAAGACAGGUUGUGGAGUUGGCAAGACAAACUUUUCGCCCAGAGUUCAUGAAUCGUAUUGAUGAGUAUAUAGUUUUCCAACCUCUGGACUCCAAAGAAAUUAGUAGGAUUGUGGAGAUACAGCUGAACCGUUUGAAAGACAGGCUUAAACAAAAGAAGAUUGAUCUUCAUUAUACAAAGGAAGCUGUUCAGCUAUUGGGCACGUUGGGCUUCGACCCGAACUUUGGAGCAAGGCCUGUCAAGAGAGUUAUACAGCAGAUGGUUGAAAAUGAAAUUGCCUUGGGUGUCUUAAGAGGAGAUUUCAAGGAUGAGGACUCGAUCGUUGUUGAUGCUGAUACAUCUCCAUCAGCUAAGGACUUUCUUCCCCAAAGCAGACUGGUCAUCAAGAAACUAAAAAAUGGUUCUUUUGUGGAUGCCAUGGUGGCCAAUGAUUGAUACUGCAUUUUCUGACCUGUAAUUUCUAGUAGUAGAUUUGGUGAAUCCUCAUUUACAGCUUCCGGAAUGAAUUGUAAAAAUAUGGGAGAGCCUAUAGUUACUGAGAGACUGCCCUUCUUCUUUUUUUUUUUUUUUCCUUUUUUAAAUAAUUCUUUUUGAUGAAAGUUGAGGAAGCAUGUAAAUGAGUCUGAUCUUUUGCUUUGAACAGAGUAAAUCUCUUUCAUGGCUAUUUGAAGAUCUUCUCAAAAGUGUUUCAUAUGGAUA